AUGGCACGUUUAGAAGAUAAUUAUAGAAAGAGGGGUUUAAGGAAAGCCCCCACGAGAAGAGCUCCAGGGCGCUCGAUGAACGACCAGCUUCUUGAUCUCGUCACAAAUAUGAGGGCUUGGCUGACUAUACUCACUUGUAGAUAUAUUGCCGAGGCAAGCAUUCUGAAGUUUGGGGAAGAAGUCAGUAUCAUAAGCUGCCCAGAAGAAAAUAACAGUCAUCAUUGCCAAGCUCCAAGAACAAUUCCUGUCGUGAAAAUCUCCGCUAGCUUCCAGCUGUCUGGUAAAGGAGAUGGCUUCACCCUAUCCUUUGAUAUUGUCAUGAUGGUCCCUGCAAGUCAUAAAAAAACCAACAAUAUCAUUUUCUGUUUAAGCGCGAGAAGAAUGGAAAACAGAUUACAGUAUGUGGCCAAAAAGGUGGAGAAAAAGGUUGAGAAUGAAUCAGAUUUGAAUAGAAUGGAGAAAUUGAAGGUGGAGCAUAUAAUACAACCACAGAGUACUCACCAUCAUUAA